UUUCCCUAAACGCCCCCCAUCGGUUGUCGCCUCUUCGUACCUCCAUUAUCGACGCAGCGCCAAUGCUGCUAGGGUUCCGGCCGCGCAUUUCACUCUUCUAGGGCUGCGCCUCGACUGUAAGUCAAGUGGAGUUGUCAUCAGUGCACCCUCUACGUUUAGGGUUUUCCUUCGCCUCGUGUUUCGUUCCGCUCAAGCCCGGCCGCCCGAGGAGUUAGGUACCCUUUCAGUGGGCUCUUGCGGAACUACAGUUCAUUUCACUUAAAGUGAAGUCUAGUGUUGUCUUCGAGCCACAGUGAUAAGAGAAGAUAGUGGGUUUGAGAUAAAAAUAUGUUUCCCGUUUCCUGUAUGACUUGCGUACAAGAUUGAUCAUGGAAAAGAAGCAUGUUCUUGUUUAUUGUAGCACCUAAAGUGAAAGAAAUCAAAUACUUCUGAGGUUUGUAUGAUGGAUUGCAACAAGGAAGAGGCUUAUAGAGCCAGAGAAAUUGCAGAAAAAAAGAUGCAAAACAGUGAUUUUAAUGGCGCACGAAAGAUCGCUGAAAAAGCCCAACGUUUGUUCCCUGAGCUUGAGAACAUAUUGCGGAUGCUAACUGUCUGUGAAGUUCACUGUGCUGCUAAUGUUAAAGUUAAUGGAGAAGUAGAUUGGUAUGGGGUUUUACAACUAGGGUCCACUGCAGAUGACUCAUCUAUCAAGAAACAAUACCGAAAGCUUGCACUUCUACUUCAUCCUGAUAAAAACCAAUUUGCUGGUGCUGAGACUGCAUUCAAGAUAAUUGGCGAAGCACAUAUGAUUUUAUCUGAUCGAACAAGACGGCACCUUUAUGACACUAGAAGAAAUGCCAUAACCAAAUCUGUCCAUUCCAAGCAGUCUGCUCCGCAAUCGGAUAAGAGCGCUAUUGCUAAAAAAAAAUUUAGUGCAUUUCAUACUAAGGGUUUCCAUCCUCAUCAUCAACAAUCACCACCACCAUCGUCAUUUGACACUUCUCAAACUUUCUGGACUAUUUGCCCUGGUUGUGGCACGAGAUACCAGUUGUUUUGCAGCAUUUUGAAAAAAUUCAUUCGAUGUCAGAAGUGUUUGAUUCCCUUUGUUGCAUUUCAGUCGAACGCAAAAGAUGGAUUUGGAAUACAUAAGCAGGUUCCGGUUCAGACAACCAAUAAAGCUAAACCAAAAAGGCAAACUGGAAAUCCCUCUUUUAGCAAGGGGUUCAAGGAAAGAGAUGGUGGAGUUGGUUCAAGUAAUGAGGUUAAGUUAGAAAAAACUAGCUUGAGUGAGUUUCAUCAGCCUGAGAAGGAUCCUAAGCCUCCAAAAAGAAAUGUGGAUAUGAAUAGGGGCAAAAAGGGGCCUGUGAAGUCCAGAUAUUCAGAUAAAACUAACAAUGAAGAUGAUCCUAUAGCAAAUAUUUCUUCAUCGCCAGUGCCAAGAAGGUCUGCUAGGCAUAUGCAGAACCCUCACUUUAAUGAAGUUCAAAGUGAAGAUGAUAAUGACUUUAUAAAUCAUUCUCAUCACAAAAAAUUGAAGACUAACACCUCCAGUGAGGGGCACAAACCAGUCUAUUUUUGUUCUGGUAGCAAUCACCUUAAAAUAGGAGCUGAUUCCACUAACUCUGCUGAUGUCUGUAGGGAGAAAAAGCAAAAAGAAUGUGCCCAUGCUAAGGAGAAGGUGCCAUGUGUGAAUAAAGGGGUUGACAAAGAUCCAAUAUCAGGAAACAAAGAAGAUACAACGAAGCCAGGGACUAGUUCUAAGUCUGGGCUAGAUUCUGUUUCUAACACCACAUUUGAACACUACACAUUUAUGUAUCCUGAUACAGAAUUUUUCGACUUUGAGAAGUUGAAGGAUGUAAAUGAGUUUGCAGUUGAUCAGAUAUGGGCAGUCUAUGAUAAUCUAGAUGGGAUGCCUCGAUUCUAUGCUCAAAUUCAUCGUAUCAACACUAGAUGCUUCAAAUUGUGGUUUACCUGGCUUGAACAUAUUCCCUCAAAUGAAGCUGAGACAGCUUGGUCUGAUGCAGAUCUGCCUGUUGGUUGUGGGAAUUAUGAACUAGGAUCUUCAGAUUAUGCUGAAGAUCGGCUAAUGUUCUCUCACAUGAUCUCUUGGGAAAAAAAGAAAAGGAAGAACUCAUAUAGUAUCUAUCCUAGAAAGGGAGAGGUUUGGGCUCUGUUCAAGGACUGGAGUAUUGGUUGGAGCUUGGUUGCUGAUAACAAGUUGUUUGAAUACGAAGUUGUACUAGUGCUUUCAGAUUUUGAUGGAUCUGGAAUUUGUGUGGUUCCCUUACUUAAGAUAGAAGGAUUUAUAAGUUUGUUUGUGCAAGCAAAAGAAAAAUCAUUUGUCAUACCAAUCGAUGAAACACUUAAGUUCUCUCAUAAAAUCCCUUCCUACAGGUUGACUGGGAAGGAAAAAGAAGGUAUUCCUCAAGGUUGUCUGGAACUUGAUCCUGCAUCUCUGCCUCUUAACUUCUCAAAUACAUUCCCUUCUGUUAGUCUUACAGAAAGAAUUGAGAAGUUGGAUCCGACUAGUAAUCCAUGUUUAAAUUGUACAUCUCCAGAGGAACCUAGGAUCAAUAUGGUUCUGGAUGUGGAGUGCAAAUUAAAUGUGAAACAAAAUCAAGCAGCUGAAAAUCAGGUAAAACAAAAUCAAACAAGUGAGAAUCACCAUUCUGGUGCUCAGAGUAACACCAAAAGUGACACACAGCACGCUGAAGUAGAAAUCAAGCAGAAAGAUGGCUUGGCUGAUAAGAACCUAAACUACAGUUCGAAGGAAAAUUUCAAAUUGCCUUUGUUCAAAUUUCAUGAAGCAAAGUUCCACAAUUUUGGUGAAGGGAAAUCAAUUGAAAACCUCCAACGUGGGCAGAUUUGGGCUCUACGCGGUGACACUGAUAAGUAUCCCAAAAAUUAUGCAUGGCUAAAGAAAAUCUUUUCAGAAGGUGUACUACAUAUGGGAUGCCUUGAGGCUUGCCCUGUUUUUGAUGAGGAGAUUCGAUGGGUAGAAGAGGGCAUGCCAAUUUCAUGCGGAAAAUUUAAAGUGAAACAACUGAGCAUUAUAACUGUGAAACUUGAUAUGCUUUCUCAUCCUGUACAAGCCAUACCAGUUGAGAAAAGAAAGAGAUAUCUUAUUCUUCCUAGCUGUGGUGAGAUUUGGGCUGUAUAUAAAAACUGGAAUGUUGGAUGGAGACUUUCAGAUCUGCAUACCUGUGAGUAUGAUGUGGUUGAAAUUUGUGAAUGUACUGAUGCUGGCUUCAGAGUUAGACCUUUGAAGAGUGUUCAAGGAUACCGAGCUAUUCUCAAACCCGAGUUAGAAGGAAAAACUAUGGAGAUUCCCAUCCACGAAUCUACUAGAUUCUCUCAUAAGAUACCUUCAUUCCCACUAACUAUUGAAACAGAAGAGGCGCUGCAAGAUUGCUGGCAAGUGGAUACUGCAUCUCUUCCCGAGUGAUAUUUGAAAGCAGUUUUAAUGGGUUGGGGUGUUGAAAAUCUAAGUUAUAAUUUGACCUUUUGUUCUUCAUGUUGAUACCGACAUAGGUGCCAUCAUUUGCUGCAUUGGAUGUCGCAGAGCUGGCUUUAUAUGUCAUUUCCGAGUAAGAUGUGCAUUCAUGGUUCACUCUCUCAAUGCUUGAAUAAAUCUACGUAGGUUAUUCCAAAAAAAAAAAAAAAACCUAGGCCUGCUCUACGUUUUGAGGUGACCAAUAUGGCAAUCUGGCACCCAAAUAUAGCUAAAUCUAUGUGUUUAAAUUUCUGGGAGCUACCUAAUGAGCUCUUGUUCUAGUCUUCUAGAUGCUAGAUACCUGGUUGAAGAAAUUACGACGAUGUUUAGUUGGAAAUAUAUCUUAUGAGGAUUUGCUGUUGA